CAACGUAAAAUAUUUUGCGAACUAGUUUAUUUUGAGAUCUGCCAGUGGUUACUAGUUGUUACACAUUACUAUAAUAUUAUAUAUACACGUAUACAUGUACAAUCAUAUAUAUAUGUAUGUAUGUUCGUAUAUAUCAACGAGAGUAUGAAAAUGUGCGAAUUAUCACACAACCGCUAUUCCAUUCGACUUUGCUAUCGCCCUGAAAUAUCGGUGAAUUGAUAUACCUAUUCUCUUCAUUCUCUCGAAUUCACUGCACAACCCUCCGAAUAAGAACACAUGCAUACGAUAUAUACUUGUACAUUGUAUACGUAUGUAUAUGUGUUAGGAAUCAGCGCGCCGGCUAUUCGAUAUGGUUGUGCUCAGCAAUCAGUUCCUUUUCACAGCUGGAUGAGUUCGGCUGGUUUUCUUCACUGGAUUUGUUUAAUGUCGGUUUAAUAUUUACUGUCGUAAAUAUAUUUAUAACAAUCAAGUAAACAAGUUUCGAAAUUUCCGUUAUCAAUUAUACUCCCAUCCAUCGACUAUUGUGCCACAGUGUUGAUUCGAAAGUAAAAUGGGCACCUUGUUGCGGAUUACGUUCGUGGUCCUAGCGAUCGUAGUAAGCUUUGGUGUGCAUAGAUAUCAGAAAAUCACAAGUUCAGCGCCAAUUCCCGAACUGAACGAUGCGGAAUAUUGGGGACCCGGCAGCGCCGCUAAAUAUAAGGAGAACGCUGCCAUUAAAGCUUUCGACAUAAGCGCUAAACCGGAGUUAAUUGAAGAUCUGAAAAGUCAGCUGUCGCGCCCGCUGGUGCUACCCGAACCCCUCGAAGGCAUUGGAUUUCAAUACGGUUUCAAUUCCAAGUACUUGAAAAAGGUGGUGACAUACUGGCGCGACUUUUACCUCCCCAAGUGGGGUGAGCGCGAGACUUUUCUCAAGCAAUUCCCACACUUUGAAACCCAGCUUCAGGGUUUACGAGUACACUUCAUCCAUGUAAAGCCCAAAUCCACCGAAGGUAAAAAGGUGCUGCCUUUGUUACUGAUUCACGGCUGGCCAGGAUCAGUGCGCGAGUUCUAUAGGCUAAUACCGCUGCUAACGAAACCGAACCUCAACAGUGAAUAUGUCUUCGAAGUGAUCGCACCCAGCUUGCCCGGUUAUGGUUGGUCUCAGGGAGCCUCAAAGGUAAACUUCGGUCCCGCACAGGUGUCGUUAGUGUUGCGCAAUUUGAUGCUUCGUUUGGGCCAUGAGAAAUUUCUAAUACAAGGCGGUGAUUGGGGCUCUAUAAUCGGUGCAAACAUCGUUACUUUAUCGCCACAGAAUGUGCUCGGUUAUCAUUCGAAUAUGUGCAGUGCCCAUCAUCAAAUGUUGCCUUUUUAUAAGUCUUUGCGAACUUGGUUCCCGAGCUUCUUUAUUAAUGUAGAAAAUAAAAAUUUCUUUAAACCAUUCGGCGAGGAGUUAAGCUAUAUUAUUGAGGAAUCGGGAUACAUGCAUAUUCAAGCAUCCAAGCCAGAUACAAUUGGCUCAACGCUCACCCAAAAUCCUGUCGGGUUGGCCGCAUACAUCUUGGAGAAAUUCUCCACAUGGACCAAUCCUGCAUAUAGGAAACUCGAGGAUGGUGGCCUCACCAAACGUUUCACUUUGGAUGAGCUCUUGGAUAAUGUUAUGAUUUAUUACACGACAAACUCGAUAACUACAUCACAGCGCUUGUACUCAGAAGGAUUCAACUUUGCUCAGAUGGGUUUGAACUUGGAUGCGACGCAUAUAACUGUGCCCACAGGUUGUGCUCGUUUUAUUCACGACUUGUUUCAUUUAACGGAUUUCGAGCUAAGCUUGAAAUUUAAAAAUAUUUUGCACAGUAGCUACUACAAAGAAGGUGGUCAUUUUGCAGCAAUGGAGGUUCCGCAGACUCUUUACAGCGAUUUCGUAGAAUUCGUCGAUAAAGUGUUCGCCAAGCCACAACCAAAGCAAUAGUCAUUCGAAGACACUUAAACAAUUUUUUGAAUAAAUUUUUGUAUUUCGUAUAAUUUUCCCUUUAUAUUUUUGUAGAAAAUAAAUUACCAAAGUCUUUGUGCUUA